AUGGCUUCAUCAUCUUGUGGAGGUGGUAAAAGGGGUAAUUCCAAACGUUCUAGAGUCAUUGACUCUAGUGUUAGUCAACGCGGCCCAAAUCCUCCACGCCAAAAUUCCGGUGAAUUGGCAUUCUUAGAUUCUCAACACGAAGCUAGGGGCAUGAUCACAAGUAUUCUCAAACACCCAGCUCUUGCCAUUCGUUUUCUACCCGGUCUCAAUGUUAUUGAGGGAGAAACUCGCCUAAAAACAAACGUCUUUCAAAACAUGCAUUUGUUCCACAUAGAUGAUGAAACACAAGAUGUUUGUUGGGCUGUUGAUAGCCGCAACUUCCUCCGUAUUGAUCAUCAAAAUACCCAACUUCUUAGUUUGUCCAAUCUCGUGUACAACAGUUUUUGGCGCCUUACAUCUAAUUUAGGUGUCCCGAUGACCGAACCUGAUUAUGAUUCUGAUGAGAAUGAGCCCAUUCCUGAUGCAACCAAACAUGAUGUUGUUACGCCAGUGCAGCAAGAGCCUUUCAUGCAUCCCUAUCAUGACAUGUAUAUGCAAGAACUCCAUAGGUUGCAUGAAGACAAUAGGUGUUUGCAUCGUGACUAUUCUGAACUUUAUGACAGUGUUUGUGAGAUAAAUACUGAGAUGGUGGAGUUUAGAGAAGAGUUCUACACCUUUAUAGGCAAUCAACAAGCACGCAACCAACAUUUGUAUUCCCUUGUGACUGGCAUGCAUAGGGUAAUCUGUUUUGGUGGUCAACCCACACGACCGCCUUAUUACCCUUAA